AUGAGAGCCAUUGUCUCAUCCCUUCGUCGCAAUGCUCUUGGUCAAUUGAGAGCACCUAAGCUAUCGGUCUCCUGUCUUACGCGAACCACAUGGCCGCAAUGUGGACCCCACCAUGCUGUUCAGCGCAUCUUGAAAGCUCCCAAGGAGCGCCUAUACCAUACCAGUCAUGAGGAACCAACCAUCUAUGCCCUGUCUAGUGCCAAUGGACGCGCAGCCAUAGCUAUAUAUAAAGGACUAUGUCCCUCCACGUCCUUCCCAAAGCCUCGAUACGCGACCUUGCGCAAGUUGUAUGCGCCUGGCUUACCUCCUUCGCCCACAACGAUACUAGACUCCGGUGCUCUGGUACUCUACUUCCCCGCACCCAACACAGUGACUGGAGAAGAUGUCCUUGAACUGCACGUGCAUGGAGGUCCAGCCAUUGUACGCGCAGUCUUGGCAGCCAUACCAGAAUGCGCAAAGGCAUCAGAAGGUCUCGGGUCGGUGCGCAAGCAGAUUCGGUACGCAGAGCCUGGAGAGUUCACUAGACGCGCCUUCGCCAACAACCGGAUGGACCUUCCCCAGAUUGAGUCGCUGGGAGAAACACUGUCAGCAUCGACGGAACAGCAGCGCACUAUCUCUGUAAGGGGUACCAACUCUUCGCUAGCCCUACGAUAUGAGUAUUGGCGCAUGUUGCUGCUGCAGGCACGAGGCGAGCUGGAGGCCUUGAUUGACUUCUCGGAAGAUCAGCACUUUGACGAAUCACCCGCUGUCCUAUGCGCCAAUGUCGCAGCCCAAGUCCACGUCCUGCAGGCGCAGAUGGAGCUGCACAUUGCGAACGCUGUUCGUGGAGAAUUGUUGCGCAAUGGCAUCAGUGUUGCGCUCCUUGGGGCGCCCAACGCAGGCAAAAGUAGCUUGUUGAACCGCAUUGUUGGAAGAGAUGCCGCUAUCGUUUCCCAAGAAGCCGGAACAACACGGGAUGUGGUUGAGAUAGGGCUAGAUCUUGGCGGAUGGCUUGUCAAGAUUGGAGACAUGGCCGGCUUACGUCGGCCUGGUGUCGCAGGCGCGGAUAUCGUUGGGCCUGUGGAACAAGAAGGCAUCAGGCGCGCGAAGCAACGAGCGCUGGAGUCAGACGUUCUGAUCGUCGUCCAAGACGCCACAGCCGAGAUGGAUCCCGAGGUUAUGGAGACGGCAAAGCAGUGUGUUGACAUGGGGAUCCAAGUCAUUGUUGCUCUCAACAAAUGCGAUCAACUCCACACAUUCCAACUCUCGCGGACGGCAUGGGAGGACAAGAUCCGUUCUACACUGCGUCUGCCCAACAACCGUCUAUGCUUCAUUUCCUGCAGGUCACCCAUGACAUCUUCAGACACAUGGAAGAGCGACAACAUUUCAACAUUCCUUACCACUUUGCAGGACACCUUCAAAUUUAUGACAGCCGCGUUGGUUCCCGACUCGGAUCCCGACCCAAGCAUCUGGCAAGAGUCAUUAGGCGCGACUGAGCGCCAACGUCUUCUUCUCUCCGAAUGUCUCAGCCACCUCUCCGCCUUCAUCACGACCGUUGCCGACCCCUCGGCAGAUUCAACCAGAUCCGGUGAAGACGAACCAGGCGAGGCCGACGAGGUCGACAUUGUAGUCGCAGCAGAGUGCCUCCGCUCUGCCGCCGACGCUUUGGCCCGCAUCACUGGCCGGGGUGAUAGCGGUGACGUUGAAGAAGUAUUGGGGGUCGUUUUUGAAAAGUAA